CGUUUAACAAGUUUUUAAUCAAAUUAUCGGGUUUAUAGCCUAGGUAGGUUGGAGCCUAGAUUUUCGCAUGGGUAUAAGGUUAUAAAUCAUGUACCCAAUAUUCUUUUUAGUUCCAUUAUAGAAAAAAGUUCAAAUGAAUUGGUUGAUUGAAUUAGUUGAAUUUAUAGUAAGUUUUCUGUGUUUUAUCUCUUGUCAAAUGGGUAUUUUUAAAAUUUCAAAACUUUUGAAAUUGUAUACUAGAUUUCAUCAAUUUUCUUUCUCAAAAUCAAUCAUAAAGAUUAGUGAAUUACAUGAUAUUGAUUUGAAUAUCCGUUAUUUUAUAAGAGUAUGUUCAUUUGAUGUUUAUUUAAUUGCAUCAUGGGUAGGAGAAAAGAUUAGCUUGAGAAAAGGUUGAUUUUUGGGUAAUGGAGGUGGUUGAUGGAAAAAAUGCCCUUUAUUAGUGGUCACUUACAGGACCACAGGAAUUCUAUAGAUAUUCUAGCACCACAUUGUUGGUCAAAAAGCAUUCGAUACGCCAAAUUUGUCAGCAUCCUUAACCAUCUUUUGAAAGCUCCUUUACCCCAUUCCAUACUUGAGCAAUUAGCAAGUAAGCUAUGUAACUAAUUAAUAUAAUUGUCCUUCAUUAAGUGUAUAGAAAAAGAUACAUUUAUGAUAAUUUCUUAGUUCCUACCUUAAUAUUUAAGAUUACACUGUGAAAAGCAUCAAUCUGAAACAACUUCUCUAUUAUCAGUCUUAAGUCAGACAAGGGUUAGGUUGCGUGUAUCAAAUCCCAAAUCUCAUCCAAGUAGAAGCCGCUUAACGGGGUUGGGGUAUUUGAUCCAAAGACUCUAGUUCCACUCAUGGCGUUGGGGAUAUUUAGAGAUGUACCAAGUGAUAUCACCAUAGAAGUUCCUGGAGGAACAUUUGCCCUUCACAAGUUCCCUUUAGUCUCUCGUAGUGGGCGAUUGCGCAAAUUAGUAGCUGAUUACCGAGAUUCUGACAUAUCAAAAAUUGAGCUUCCGAACCUACCUGGGGGUUCGGAAGCCUUUGAGUUAGCAGCAAAAUUCUGCUAUGGAAUCAACUUCGAGAUCACAUCAGCUAAUGUAGCACAACUUUGUUGUGUCUCCGAUUACCUAGAAAUGUCGGAGAGUUACUCGAAAGACAAUCUUGGUUCGAGGGCUGAGGAAUAUCUCGACAGCGUUAUCUGCAAGAACUUAGAAAUGUGUGUUGAAGUUCUAAAGCAAUGUGAAAACCUCCUUCCACUGGCAGAUGAACUGAAAGUUAUAAGCAAAUGCAUUGAUGCAAUAGCCUCAAAGGCUUGUGCAGAGCAAAUAGCCUCGAGUUUCUCGAGGUUAGAGUACAGCAGCUCGGGUAGGCUCAAUUUAAGCCGGCCAGUGAAAUGUGACGGAGACUGGUGGAUCGAAGAUCUUUCAGUGCUUCGAGUAGAUUUGUACCAAAGGGUCAUAACCGCGAUGAAAUGUAGAGGGGUUCGACCAGAAAGUAUAGGCGCUUCACUUAUAAACUAUGCUGAGAAAGAGCUAACAAAGAAGGCUAGCUUGUGGAAUAUUUCAAGCCAAUCGAGAACUGAAGUUGUUCCUGGGGCAGGUAGCAAUGAAAGAAUCGUCGUUGAAACCAUCGUUAGUCUCUUGCCUGUGGAGAAACUCAUUGUGCCACUUAGUUUCCUUUUUGGGCUUCUAAGAAGUGCUAUUUUGCUCGAUUGUUCUCUUGCUUGCCGACAUGAUCUUGAGAGACGGAUUGGAUCGCAAUUAGAUAUUGCGACUUUGGACGACCUUUUGAUCCCUUCGUUUCGACAUGCUGGAGAUACUCUAUUUGAUGUCGAUACAGUUCAUCGAAUUUUGGUUAACUUCUCACAACAAGACGAUAGUGAAGAAGAAUUGGAAGAUGUCUCGGUUUUUGAGUCAGAUAGUCCUGAGUCGCCUUCUCAGGGCGCUUUGUUUAAAGUCUCGAAGUUGGUCGAUAAUUACCUAGCGGAGAUUGCACCGGAUGCUAACCUUAAGCCCAACAAGUUCUUAGUUAUUGCUGAAGCCUUGCCUGCGCAUGCACGCACUAAUCAUGAUGCAUUAUAUAGAGCCAUUGAUGUUUAUUUGAAGGCACAUCAGGGUUUACAAGACGUAGACAAGAGAAAGCUUUGCAAGCUGAUAGACUUCCAAAAGCUGUCACACGAAGCAGGAGCACACGCAGCACAAAAUGAGCGGCUUCCCCUUCAAUCGAUAGUCCAAGUACUCUAUUUCGAGCAGUUAAGACUUCGGAAUGCUCUUAGUUGCUCGUUUCCUGAGGACGAGCCUAAGCCAAUGUUUCAUUCAUGGCGUGUCAAUAGUGGCGCUCUGAGUGCAUCGAUGUCUCCCAAAGAUAACUAUGCAUCAUUACGAAGAGAGAAUCGAGAACUUAAACUUGAGCUGGCUCGAAUGAGAAUGAGACUAAACGAUUUGGAAAAAGAUCACGUUUGCAUGAAGAGAACGAUGCAAAAAUCUGCAUCUCGUAAGUUCAUGAGCUCGUUCUCCAAGAAACUCGGGAAGCUUAGCUUCUUUGGACACAAUUCUUCAAGGGGAUCAAGUUCUCCAACUCCUUCAAGACAGUCACAAAGGACAGAUUCUAAGGUGACUGAUAGAACAUAUUAGUUUUUAUGGCACUACAAAUGCCUUCUAGUUUUGUAUAUGAAUUUGUGUUUUUUAACUUAAUGGUAAUACUUCUUCAGAUUGAUAAUGUUAAUAGGAGAAUUUGAGAUCUUCUCUUGCUUUUCUAUGAGUAUAUAUUCCUACAUGUAUUUGUCUCUACGUCGCUGCAAUGAAUGAUUCGACAUGAUUUUGCUACAUUUUGUUUCUGUUUGAGAGCUUUUAGAUGAAGAUAUAGUAAAAAAGUGUAGAACCAACGGGGUAUGUUAGAUAGUGUGAGCUCUUUUAAUUCCAAUAAUU